UCUCCCACAGACACACAACGGGGCCGAGAGCUGCCUCUGGAUCUGGAAGCGGGCAUCCUUGGAUUCUGCUCUUAGCACGGGCCCACCGCACGAAAACUUAACGGGACGACAAUGGUGCACGCCUCGGCGGCUGAAUCCGUGGCUCCUGGUGGUUUAGGGGACCGGGAAUUGUGGUCAUUGUGACAUUCACUUGCACGCUGGUGUUGAGUUUAUUGUUCUGGUCCUAGACGCAGAGCAGCGAUUCUCCGAGAAGAUGUUGAGCCGAUUUAUGAGUGGCAGCAUCAGGAAUCUUGAGCGGGAAUACAGCUGCACCGUCAGACUGCUGGAUGAUACGGAAUAUACGUGCACCAUUCAGCGGGAUGCAAAGGGACAGUAUCUGUUUGACCUCAUUUGCCAUCACCUCAACUUGCUGGAGAAAGACUAUUUUGGCAUCAGAUAUGUAGAUCCAGACAAGCAGCGGCACUGGCUGGAGUUCACCAAAUCAAUUGCAAAGCAAAUGAAAUCUCAGCCUCCAUUUACCAUGUGUCUGAGAGUCAAGUUCUACCCUCCUGAGCCUGCUGUUCUCAAGGAGGAAAUCACUCGAUAUCUCGUCUUCCUGCAAAUCAAGAGAGACCUCUACCACGGUCGGCUCCUGUGUAAAACCUCGGAUGCGGCCAUGCUGGCUGCCCAUAUCCUUCAAGCUGAGAUUGGUGAUUACGACCCUGGGAAGCACCCUGAAGGUUACAGCUCCAAAUUCCAGUUCUUCCCUAAACAUUCGGAGAAGCUGGAGCGCCGGAUCGCAGACAUACACAAGACAGAGCUGAUUGGACAGACACCUGAAACAUCAGAGCGAAAUUUCCUGCAGAAAGCCCAGAUGCUGGAGACAUAUGGUGUUGAUCCGCAUCCAUGCAAGGAUGUGUCUGGGAACCCAGCUUUCCUCGCCUUCACACCAUUUGGUUUUGUGGUGCUCCAGGGAAACAAGAGAGUUCAUUUUCUCAAAUGGAAUGAGGUGACCAAACUGAAGUUCGAAGGCAAGACGUUCCACGUGUAUGCAAAUCAGAAGGAGGACGAAAAGAUCAUCUUGACAUACUUUGCGCCCACGCCGGAGGCAUGCAAACACCUUUGGAAGUGUGGUGUGGAGAACCAAGCUUUCUAUAAGCUUGAGAAGUCAAGUCAGGUUCGAACAGUGUCCAGCAGCAACCUGUUCUUCAAGGGCAGCCGUUUCCGUUACAGUGGGCGAGUGGCAAAAGAGGUGAUGGAGCAGAGUGCCAAAAUCAAACGCGAACCUCCAGAAAUACACAGGGCUGGCCUCGUGCCCAGCAGAAGUUGUCCAUCUAUCACCCACGGGCCUCGCCUCAGCAGUGUACCGCGCACGCGUCGGAGAGCUGUACACAUAUCCAUCAUGGAGGGUCUAGAGUCAUUGCGUGACAGUGCCCAUUCUACACCGGUGCGUUCAGUGUCCCACGGGGAAUCUUUCAUGCCACGCUCCCGGAGCCAGGCCACAGACGCCAGCGAGAGGACUGCGGUGAUCUCAGACGAGGCCUACAGCCCCUCCAUCAGCGUCCUGCCCACCCCGGUAGCCGAGCACAGCAUGGAGCUGGCCACUUCUCGCCAGAUUAACGGUGCACCUUGCAGCAUCGAGGAGGAGAAGGAGUCUGAGGCAGGCACCCCCAUGCGCGGGGAGGGGGUUGAUUUUGGUGCGGACGGUAGAUCUGCACAGGAAGGUGCAGGAGGGAACUCAACCCUCAGCGAGGUGGAACAGGUGAAUAAAUUUGUCUUAAGUGUCCUCCGUUUGCUCCUUGUGACCAUUGGACUCCUCUUUGUCUUGCUCCUCCUCCUCAUCAUCCUCACUGAGUCAGACCUUGACAUUGCAUUUUUACGUGAUAUCCGCCAGACCCCCGAAUUUGAGCAGUUCCAUUACGAAUACUUUUGUCCCCUCAGGCGGUGGUUUGCCUGCAAGCUCCGCUGGGUGGGCGGGUUGCUCAUUAACAAGUGAGAGUGAGGUCGUAGAGUUCGUAAGCCCAUUCGGGGGUCUGAGAUGACGGUUAAGACUCCGGAGUGAUGGAGGGCAGCUUCGUCCCAACCAUGAACCCUGCUUCUCUCACCAUCCUCCUGCAGGCAUACAGCUUGGACCACUCCUGGUAACACCGGGGCCCAGGAUCUCUCUUCCCCUCCUCCACUUUGAGUUAACCCCCCAACCACCUCCUCGUUUCGCUUGUUUUCGUCCUCUUUUUUUUUCCUACAAAGUCAGAAGACAUGUUUUGCAUUUUUUAUUUUUAUUUCAAGUCAUUUCAGGUAUUUUAUUUUUUCAAAUAACACAAAGGAAAUUUUUUUUAACUGAAAUCAAAGAACUGAAGAAUUUUAAACAGUUCCUUUUAUAGGAACGGAAGAUUUUGUUGCAACAGAUGAACGUUGACAUCAUUUAUUUAUUACUUUUAAACAUGUAUUUGCAUAAGAAAAGGUGAAGAGGUGAUGGAAAGUAAUCGAGGAAGUUGAUUUGUCAUUAACAAAUGAAGAUGGAAGUGAGUUAUGUUAGAGUCGAUAGGGUUGAUGCUGUGAAGUAUACUCUAUGUGAGGCAAAGUAGUGUAACAUCUUUUGAUAUUGAUUCAUCCCCAUCAGACAAACAGAAGAUUCACCUCAUCAGGAAAAACAGAACAACCUGACGGGAAGUGACUGAAUAGUGAAGGUUCAUGAGAGAGUUCAGAGAAUAGAUUACCAAAUGCCUUGUUUUGAGAAUGUCGAUGUCUGUUGGCAGUUUUGAAUUUUGAGGAUAGUUUUAAGACACAAUUACACUUUAGUAUACAUGGGUGUACAAAGUAAACUGGCGAAGGUCAAAGUUGUUUUUUCUAACAUUUUCUAAGGAUACAGUAAAAUAAACCAGAACCAAUAGUGUUAUGUGACCCAGUAGUGUCAGAUGCGUUUAGAGAAAUAUUCAUGGCGAGCAAAGAUUCACUGGCAUCAAUAGAUAAUAGUCUAGAUAGAUGUGCAAUGCUCAUAUGGUUUAAUAAUUAAGUACUUUUGAAUGUGCUCAUUUGUUCAGUUGUUCUCUUAUUUCUCCAAUUAAUUUGAUUUGCAUUCUUUCAUCAAGUUGAAAUUCAAUGAAUUUCAAUAAUUUCUUUGUAUGAAGAGUUUAUGAUUUAUUUUGGUUUCAUCAACCUUGCUCUUAGGUUUAUGUAUCAUACUAUAUUAUUAUUAUUAUUAGAAUAAGAAUAAUGAUGUACUUUUUGUACAAAUUAGUUUGUUUCCUAAUAUAUAUUGACAGGUUUUUCAUGUAUAUUUUAACAGAACUGAAAUGUUAUUUUGUUAUGGAAGAUUAAAUUAUACCUUUUUUAGCGCUGUGUUUCAAGUAAGGUCCGAAGAAUUUAUAGAAAUGUGGAAGGGGGAGGGGCUAAAAGAAAACAGGGUUUUUAUCCAGAUCCACUCAACACUGAUCACACCUCAUUGCUCCACCAGCAGUGAAUCAGCCUUCAACAUGUAUUUUUACAGAAUGGCAUCUGGAGGUAUCAUUUUUACCAUCACAAAUACCAAAUAAUCCAAAAACACAUUUUCACUUUUCAUAACUUUGCCACAUCUUGUUUUACUUGAAGAGUUUGGAGAGAUGACUGUGAGCCUGACCGAUGCACACGGCAUAUCUUCACACUAAAAUGCAUUUACAAAUGUAUGAAACAAACAAAACUAGAGCUGAAACGAUUAGUUAAUCGAUUGACAGAAAAUGAAUUGGCAGCUAUUUUGAUAAAUAAAUAAAUUGUCACAUAAAUCGUAACAAUUUCUGUUUUUUCGGCAUUUCCAUUUCUGCUUUUCUCUGCUGUUUUGUCACUUUGGGUUCUGAAAAACGGAGAAUAAUGGGCAAUUUUCACUAUUCUCUGACAUUUUAAUUUUUUUUGGACUGUUAAUCGAGUAAUCUAGAAAAUAAUGGGCAGAUUAGCCGAUAAUGAAAAUAAUCGUUAGUUGCAGCCCAAAGCAAAACACUUUACUUCACUAAUAAAUUAAAAAUGAACAGUUAAAUAGGACUGGAAACAGAACCCCUUUUGGUGAAGGUAACAACGGAGAUUUCUUGACAAAACUAUGAUGACAGUUCCUGAGGUACCUCAUGCACUUUUUUCUGAAUUUUGUACUUCAGUUACUUUCUUCCCUUAAUUUUCAUAUCAGCCAAAAUGAAAGCAGAUACCAACAUAUCUGUGAUAAGCCAAUAUCGGCGAAUAAUACCUCUUAGAUUUGUCGUCAGGCUCUAGACUCUUCUGCCUCACAGCUCCAGGGAGCAAUAACUGUCACGGCUGCUGGAUUCUGGGUAAAAUCCGUUUUUGUUUUUUUCUGUUUUAUUGCGUGUCUACCUCCUGUACCAAGUGCAGGUGUAAGUGUGUCUGUGUGAUAGGAAUGGAAACAAGAUUCAAGGUGAUAGGGGUGGAGGUUUAGACAGAGAGGAGUAAAAAAAGUGAAUUUUUCAUCUUUUGCAAAAGGCGAGAAGGAGUUAGAGGAAGGAAAAAAAGAAAAGUAUGAAAUGAGAGUAGAGAAGAGCGAGGGAUUUCAGAGGCCUCCGAGAGAGGUCGAGGUGAUCAGUCUGCUUCUUGGAAAGUGGGAUUUUAAGAAAAAUUGGGAAUGGAAGACACUUGGUGACUCAUCACUCUAAUGGCUGUACAGGGUUGCUUGUUUUAAGGCCUGCUAUUUCAAACGCCACACUCUCAUACCAGCACCUGCAGCUGCUCCACUGAAGGCUGAAUGGUGCUACCUACUUUGUUUGCUCCUGUGUAAUCUGAGCUUUGCUAAAUUGUAGUCCUGACCACAGAGUAGCAUGCACGUUGUUAUUGUGGCUGGAUCCACUCCUGUAGCUCAUUAUCUCCUACAAACCGCUGUUAUCUGUGGAGGAGAGGGAGCAGCAUCAAACCAUUAGAGCUACGUUGGCAAGAAACCUGUCACAUAAAGUGUAGGAGCUCAUUUAUGUCAUGCUAAUCAUUUUUAACUCAGAUAACAGCCAGAAAAAAAAAUGAUGAUCCAGAUGCAAAGAUGAAGCACAUUUCACCUAACAGCAGGUAGAGCAGGGCGGGUUGACUUUUUUUUUGGUGUAUGAUCAUACUUCACAUUUAUUACUUCUUUACUGACAUAAAGGUCGACAUGACUGGCCCUGUCCAGCCAGGAUGAGUUAUUAGGACACCUUUUAAAGGUCAGUCGGCAAAGGUGUUUUUCAUACAUCUAUCAGCAUUAUGUAGCUUCAGUGGUCUCUCUGAGCAUGCACCAAUUACAUUUUUUUUAAAGGCAGCAUUAUUCAAGGAGCAAUAAUUAGCUGUGAGAGCAAAAAUAUGUUAUUUAAAAACGUAUACGAAAACCUAAGGAAGUCAAAUAUGUCCUUUCUGUUUCUAGAAAACCACUUACCAAAACUGCUGUUGUGCUGACUCUAACAAUAAUGUGACCACUGAGACACUUAGUUACCGUUGCAUUUAUGAAUAGCCUAACCUUUUUUUAUAUAUAUAAAAAUCUAUUUUCCUUAGAGACCUCUUGUGUGGAUGUUUGUUCUGCUGUUUUCUUUGCUGUUUCAUUGUUAAGUGACGGAUUGUUCCCUGUGCCUGGAUCCUAACUCUGCAGUUUGGCAAAGAUGAAGGAAUGGAGAACGAAAGACACAACAUCCAUAACAACUGUACUACUGACUGCUCCAUUCUUAAAUUCCCCAGGCCAAGAGGGGAAAACAGUGUUCUCCUCUGUGUCGAACUGUUUGUAAUGUACAGCAGGCAGCCCGAAAUCUGUCUUAAUUUGUCUCUACAGGCGUUUUUUCCUGUAACAAAGCUGACUUUUUUUUUUGCGAUUUUAGUUGCCGUGUCAUGUUUACAUAUUUUACAGUUCUUUUACCUCAUGGGAUAUGGCUACAGUUCUGGCCAGAUGUGUGACUUUUGAUGAACGGGAAUAACAAUAAGUCAGAAACAGCUCGUCCUUCCCGGUAAAGCAGUAGUGAAGGUACAGCCUUGCAAAAAGCCCACAAUGUGGUGCACUGGAAGAUGAAGCAUCUUGUGUUCAGUACACAUGGGAUGGACUCAAUAACAGAAACACCCGCAUGGUACACUGUAAUUCCAUAUAACCAAGCAGAAAAUCCCACAUUUGUCAAAUAACAUUUUUACAAAGGCAGUGUCAGAGAUGUUUCAGGUAAUUUCUGAGGUAUUUUGUGCCGUUAUUGUAUUGGGCUGAACUUUACUGUGAGGUGUUCUUGUUAUUUUGUCUACUCCCUGUGUUUUGCUACACAUUUUCAAUCAUCAAUCAUGUGUGAUGCAAUCAUCAGAUAUCCUAAUAGAAAAGUCUCAAGUUUCAAACAUUGUCAAUAGCUCUCCAGCAACAUAAUUUUGUAAGGUUUAUGAUAAUUAUGUGAUGAAAAAGAAUAACAAACAAUUGAACUUUAAUCAAAACCAAGUGACAUACACAAUUGGCUUCCUAAAAUUUAUUCCUGGCCAAAAUCCCUGUGUGCCCAUGUGAAACUGAAGGGUCAAUAGAUGAAACUAGCUAUAACCGAGGACAUCUUGAUCUGCUUUUUGCCCAUUUGCCUGCCUCCCAGUGGACAGACCCUUACAUGACCGUGCAUACACCUCAAUAAGUGUUUAUGCAUAGCCAUGUCUGGUGGUGUGUUAUGAAGUCUGCAUAGUUCUAUCCUGGGAUUGGAGAUUGCUGUUUAAUUACGUUAUAUAUACAAGUAUAUAUAUAUAUAAAUCCAUGUGCCAAAUCCAGUUCUUGUUCAGCCCGAUCCAUUCCGAACCCAUGUUUGUACUGUAGGUAACCUUCUGUACAAGUCAGUAUAAAAUAUUGUUUCUCUCCAAUAGUCCCUUGUAACUGGUGCCAUUAAAUAAAACUAUUCAAACUUGAAAUAAACAUUGAUUAAAAUGU